AUGUUCUAUUUAAUCAAUCAGCGAUAUCAUCUGAAAAAGAGGAUUGGACAUGGAGCCUUCGGAGAAAUAUAUCUAGCCAUAGAUACAAUCAAUAACACUACUGUUGUAGCUAAAUUGGAGUCAACAUCCACCCAUUCGCCUCAGCUCUUCCAUGAAGCGCAUGUUUACCAAAAUUUGGCGCAAGGCGUUGGAGUGCCAGCAAUCCAUUAUAUUGGAACAGAAGAUACUUAUAAUGUUAUGAUUAUGGAUUAUUUAGGACCGAAUUUACAGCAAUUGUUGGAUUACUGUAAUGGUAAGUUUUCGCUUAAAACAGUUUGUAUGAUCGCUCGAGAAGCUAUUCUGAGAAUCGAAAUGAUGCAUAAAAUGGGUUACGUUCAUCGUGAUAUCAAGCCAGAUAAUUUUGUGAUUGGCUUAGGAGAGAAAGCUAAUCUUUUGUAUCUUAUUGAUCUGGGACUAUGCAAACGAUACUGGAAUCCGACAACAAACACACACAUUAUGUAUUCUGAGAAUAAGAGCAUCGUUGGAACUCCUCGUUAUGCUAGUAUUGGCAAUCAUCUAGGCAUUGAGCAGAGUCGGCGGGAUGAUUUGGAAUCUCUGGGUUAUGUUCUAAUCUAUUUCCUCCUCGGCAGUCUUCCAUGGCAAGGACUCCGUGCUGACACGAAGAAUGAAAAAUACCGUCGAAUUCUGGACUGCAAACUGAAUACCAGUGUGAAUGACUUGUGUUUGAACAUCCCUCAUGUGUUCUACGUAUAUAUAAACUAUUGUCGUGGACUUCGAUUUGACGAAACUCCGCGCUAUGAAUAUCUUCGUGGUCUGUUUCUAUCUCUGCUAGAAGAAAGGGGAGAAAAGGAUGACGGCGUUUAUGAUUGGAUGAUUUCGAGCAUCCCUCAUGCUCCGAUUGCAUUGCUGAAGCAAUUCUUGGAGGAGGAUGGAUCACUGUUGGAGGAAUUGAAGAAACCGGCGCCGUUGAAGUAUCGAAAGUGCAUGUUGUUGGCAGAGGUGAAGGAGAUGGAGAAACGAGAGGAAGAGAAGGAGGAAAGAGAGAAGGAGAAGAAGGAGAAGAAGGAAAAGGAGAAGAAGAGAGAGAAGGAGGAACAGGAAGAGAAUGGAAAGAAGGAAAAGGAGAAAGAGAAGGAGGAGAAAGGAGGAGUAAUAAAAGAGCUAGAGAAGAAGUCGGAAGAAACAACAGUGAAAGAAGGAAAAGGAGAAAGAGAAGAAGAAGGAAAAGGAAAAGGAGGAAAGAAGGAAAAAGAAGGCGAAGAGGAGUUGAAGAAAGAGUCCAAAGAAAUGCGUAGUCAUACAACAUCCAUGUCUGUUGCUGUGGGAGAUGAACAGGAUGGAGGUACAGAAAAGUAAUUUAAAAGAAAGAAUUGCUUCAAGUCAUUGGUAGACAUUGUAAAAUGC